GGGCCGGGAGGAAGCACGCGCCGGGCUGCAGAGGGCCGCCGUGGCACUUCUGAGAGUUGCUGCUGCUUCCAAGGGUACUGAGAAGUCCUGGAGAGACGCACCUACAGUCGAGACGAUGGGAACUGUAGUUCAGGACUUUGUUUCGCACCAACUGGUGUUGUUACAGGAAGAAAGAGAGGCCGAGAUAUCGGAAGCCAGGGUGUGGCAGGAAAGUAUCUCCUUGAAAGAACUGCAGCGCAGAGGAGUCUGCUUGCUGAAGCUUGAAAUAGCCAGUCAGAGAACUGGGUUGUAUGGCCAACUGCUUGUAACUUUCCAGCCUAGAAAGCAUGGCUCGGAACUUUCAGAGCUGCCUUGUAACCGUUUUGGGCCUGGUGACAUUGUGGGGCUAUAUGAAAUGGAUGGCCAAAAGGAUCAACUGGCCACAGGAAUUGUCACCCGCAUGGCCCCCAAGUUAAUUACAAUUGCAGUUGAUGAGCCCCAUAAUAGCCCUGUGAGCCUGGACCAAGAGAAUUCUUAUCGUCUGCUGAAACUUACCAAUGAUGUUACGUAUAAGAGACUUAAAAGGGCUUUAAACACACUCAGUCAGUAUCACUCUGGCCCAUCAUCUGGUCUUAUUGAUGUCCUCUUUGGUACUUCUGAACCUAGUGACUCCAGUGAUACAAGGCUACUGAAGUUCUACAAUGAAUCACUGGAUGCCUCCCAGAAGGAGGCUGUUCAGUUUUCAUUGGCACAGAAGGAGCUUUCUAUCAUCCAUGGACCACCUGGAACAGGCAAAACAACAACUGUGGUCGAAAUAAUACUCCAAGCUGUGCAGCAAGGCCUGAAAGUCCUGUGCUGUGCUCCAUCUAACAUUGCUGUGGACAACUUGGUUGAAAAACUUGCUGGCCAUAAGGAGCGGAUACUACGCCUUGGUCACCCAGCUCGCCUUCUGGAGUCAAUACAGCACCAUUCCCUGGAUGCAGUCUUGGCACGUGGGGAUAAUGCCCAGAUUGUAGCAGAUAUCAGAAAGGAGAUAGACCAAGCAUUUGCAAAAACAAAAAAGACCCAUGACAAAGGAGAGAGAAGCCAUUUUCUAAAUGAGAUUAAGACGCUGAGGAAAGAACUGAAGGAGCGAGAGGAAAUCGCUAUGUCUGAAAUCCUGACACGGGCUAAUGUUAUUCUUGCAACAAACACAGGAGCCUCUUCUGAUGGCCCUCUGAAGCUACUUCCUGAAAACCACUUUGAUCUGGUGGUUAUUGAUGAAUGUGCGCAAGCACUUGAAGCAAGCUGCUGGAUCCCUCUGCUGAAGGCCAGAAAGUGUAUCCUGGCUGGAGAUCACAAACAGCUGCCUCCCACAGUCAUCUCUUACAAAGCUGCUGCUAAGGGACUUUCUCUCAGCUUAAUGGAACGUCUGAUUCAGAAAUACGGCGAUCGUGUUGUGAAGAUGCUCACCGUGCAGUAUCGCAUGCACCAGGCCAUAAUGCACUGGGCUUCCACUGAGAUGUAUGACGGCCGCCUCUCAGCUCACCGCUCUGUCGCGCAACGUUUACUGAAGGAUCUGCCUGGAGUGGCUUCUACUGAAGAAACUAGUAUUCCAUUGCUACUUAUAGAUACAGCUGGCUGUGGCUUAUUUGAACUUGAAGUGGAAGAUGAACAGUCUAAAGGGAAUGAAGGUGAAGUGCGUCUUGUCAGCUUGCACAUACAGGCUCUGGUAGGAGCUGGUGUGAAAGCAAGAGACAUUGCUGUCAUUGCUCCUUACAAUCUCCAGGUGGACAUGCUAAGAGAACAUCUGAGUUGUAAAUACCCAGAGCUGGAGAUUAAAUCAGUGGAUGGAUUCCAGGGCAGAGAAAAGGAGGCUGUUGUCCUCUCAUUUGUAAGAUCUAAUAGAAAAGGUGAAGUGGGAUUCCUUGCAGAAGACCAGAGAAUAAACGUUGCAAUUACACGUGCCCGAUGCCAUGUGGCAGUGAUCUGUGACUCUCGAACCACGGGCAAUCAUAGUUUUUUAAAACGGCUGGUGGACUAUAUGAAUGAACAUGGAGAAGUGCGCACAGCUUUUGAAUAUCUGGAUGAUAUUGUGCCAGAAAACUAUUCUUACGGGAGCUCUCAAGGACUCACAGAACAUGGAAAGAGACCUAAAGUCAUUGUUCCACCUAUUCCAAAGGCUGAUGGUGAGAAACCAAAAGAAAAGUCAGUAAAGCAGACUGUUCAGAGACCAGUAGAAAGUUCUGCGCAGAGCACAGCCAGGGUUACAACACAAGAAAUGAGGGUGAAAGAAAAUGAACAUAAAGCAAGGAUACUGGACUUUCUGAAAAGCAGUGCUACACAGCUGGAUUUCCCAUCAUCAUUAAAUGCUCAUGACAGGUUGCUUGUCCACCAGUGGGCUGAGGAAUAUGGGCUGCAGCAUGUAAGCACAGGGGAAGGUAAAGAGAGGUACAUAAGUAUUUGCAAGAGAGUGGCUGCCACGAGUUUACCUCAGGGAGUUGGUGAGACCCAUGAACAACAGCUACCUUGCUGUUCCCAAAGUCCCCCAAAAGAAAUUCCUUCCCAUGAGAAAAGGAACAGCAGUAGUGUGGGGAAGGUGGAUCUGAAAAUAUUGCAUGUGGAACAUAUGCAAAGAGAGAAGGACAAGCGACAGGCAAGAGCAAAACUAAAUCAAGAACUGAAUGCAAAUCUUCAGGAAAUUGCUGGAAGGAAACUCACAAAUGAAGCCAAAGGGAAAGCUGCUAUUAAAACAAAAGUGGAAAAUAUAACAGAGGAAGACUUUGAUGCUUUGAUUUCUGCUGCAAUGAAAGCUGACAACACGUGUGGUUUCCCAAGGUGCAAAGCCAGCGUCAUGACCCUGGGGCAGCUCUGUCUGCACUGCAACAAACGCUACUGUCUCAGCCACCACAUCCCUGAGAUUCAUGGGUGUGCAGAGAAGGCCAAAGCACAUGCCCGGCAGAGAAUCAGCAGGGAAGGCAUUCUGUAUGCUGGAAGUGGAGUGAAAGACAGGUCUGUAGACCCAGCCAAAAGAGCUCACCUCCAGAGGCGCCUGGACAAGAAACUAAGUGAACUGACAAACCAGAGAAAGAGCAAAAAGAAAGACAAAGAAAAAUGAGAGGAUUCCCCUUCAAAAGGCACAAUUCCAGCCAGCCUGCCCUUGAGGCACCGUCUUAAAGCAGCAUGCUCGAGCUGCAGCCAAUAAAGCCCUACAGCCUUCAGGCUCUUUUUUUUUAUAGUCAGUCAUGUGCUUCUCCAUAGCCUGCAGAAAAGGCUGGUCAGCCUGACGUAAUUGCACCUUUCAAACUGUACUCAUGUUGUAUGUACUUGGUUCUCCAAAAAUGGGUUUAGAGCAGUCAUGUCAAAUCUAUACAGCCUUCAAUAGGAAGGUGGGAUGCUUGUGUUUGGAAUAAUUAUCUUUAUCAGCAAGGUAAUAAAUGUACACAGAGUGGGUGGUUUUACAAUAAAAAAUAUUAUAGCAAAUGACUUGAGCAAUAAAUUGUCAAUUUGAUGUUGUAUGGCAGGGGUGGCCAACGGUAGCUCUCCAGAUGUUUUUGCCUACAGCUCCCAUCAGCCCCAGCCAUUGGCCAUGCUGGCUGGAGCUGAUGGGAGUUGUAGGCAAAAAACAUCUGGAGAGCUAGCCUUGGCCACUCCUGUUGCAUGGUGAUAUUAAUAAUCAUUGACCUUGCGCAAAAAGCCCUCUUCUAAUUAUAGCGUGGGAGCAACUGAAACAGCAGAACUGCAUUAAUUUUGGGGAAAACUGGAUCCAAUUCAGCAUGACCUAGGUGACUCCCUGGGUGAAAGGAAUGUAAGUAGCAGUUUCAUUUCUCAUGCCUGGAAACUUGUUGAAUAGCCAGACAGCUGAAUAAAUUGAAGUUUUCUAGAACA